CUUAGAUAGAGGACAGAACGGGGUGGGGAGGGCAUGGGUGUCUAUACCUAGGCACACGUGAUUGUGUGACUCUGUGUGCACAGGUCACUGUAGGCGUGUAUGUGAAUGUGGUUAUUUCCAUCAGUGUGAAAGAGCAGGUUUCUCCCCUCUAAGUCCAUAUGUAAAUGUGUGCAUGUGUAUCUAUGCUUACAUGAGGCCAUUUGGUGUAGAAUAGAGAAGAUAGGAUUCGAAUCGGGAGAAGUGAAUUUGAGUCUCAGCUCUCUGCUUCCCGGCUAUGUGACCUGGGGCGUGUCUCUUAAUGGUUGAGAGCCUCAGUGCACCACUGUUAGCCCAUCUGAGUCACAGCCCUUGGCAAAGAUGGAAUGAGAUCAUGUAAAGGAAAGGGCUCUCUGGACGCCGUGUGGCUGCAUGAAGCCCGAUGGAGAAUCCAAGGUGCCCAAGGAAGCCCCUGGUGGAGAGGAAAGCCAGGUCUCUGGACAGGCCGCUGGCCCCCGGGAAAGGCUUGGAGCCGUGGGACUGCCAUUGCCUCUCCCUGCCCACUGCCCCCUCCAGGAAGGCGCUUCACUGGGCGACCAGUGAUUGGGCCAGACAUUCAGACAGCCCAGCUCCGUCUGCUGAGGCUCACUGCACCACCGCUGCAGCCCCCACUCCCGAGGAGACCGGAGAGUUUCUCCCCAGUGAGCAGAGGCCUUCGCAAGACACCAAGAAGGGGUGGCUGAAGACCGUGCUGAACUUCUUCGUGAGGACGGGCCCUGAGGAGCCCAGAGAAAAGGCCAGCAGGAGGCCGAGGGGGAAGGAGGGCCUCUCCCAGCCUCUGGAGCCCCUGGAAGCAGCAGGGGAGCCAGCCCUCAGGAAAAGAGCCCACCACGACAAGAAGGCCAGUCGCAAGAAGCAAGGUCACAAGAAACAUGCAGCCGAGGUGACUAAAGCAGCUCAAGACCAGGAUGCCAGAGGCCAAGAGGAAGGGUUGUCCAAGGCGGCUGCUGCCUCUCGCUCUGGGGAGGCUGACCUGGGCCCAGCUCGCAGGGGUGGGGAAGAUUCUGAUUGCCACUCCUUCCUCAUCAAAGUGGAUGGUGCUGGAGCUUUGGAUGUUUCUCCCCACGCCACAGGUCACCGGCAAGAAGAGGAGCUCAAAAAGCCUGAUAAGGAUGCUAUCAUUCAGAUGAUUGUGGAAUUGCUCAAAAGAGUGGGAGACCAGUGGGAAGAAGAGCAGUCUCUGAUCUCACAGCUGGGGGUGGCCCUGCCAAACCCAGCACUGGCUGUUAGGAAGCAAUCCCAAGAGAAAAAGACAAGCCUCAAGAGCACCUUUUCUCUUAAGAAACACGGCUCUGAGGAGGCCAAGAGGAGGGCCGCAGAUGUUUCCAGUCCAGAGGCCCGGCCACCCAAGAAGUCCAGCUUUCUGCCCCUGUGUGUUGGCGGCCAUCGGCCUUCCAUCUCCAGCAGCUAUGGCUUGGAAGAGCCUGAAGUCCAGGAGACCGCAUCUACAGAGGCUGGGGCUCCAGGUCCCUUCGUGCUUCCCACCCCAUCAGAGAGCUGGAGACCUGGAGAGGAGCUUCAGCUGGACAGAGCCUCGGAAUACAAAGAAUUCAUUCAGAAGAUCAUUUCCAUGCUCCAAGAUUUGGAAGAACAGCAGGAGGAGGAGCAACCUCAAGUCCAGGAGGAAGAGGUGGGUCUAGAAAACCCGGCCCCACACUGCAGAAGGAAAUCUGUAGAAAAAAAGUCGAGCUUCAGGAGAGCGUUUUACCAUAAGAAACACAGCUCCAAGGAACCCAGGAGACCGGGGGCAGCAGGGGCUGCCAGCCCGGAGGCCCGACGGCCCAAGAGGCCCAGCUUUCUGCCCCUGUGUGUCGGUGGCCAUCGGCCGUCCACCUCCAGCAGCCUUGAUCCAGAAGAUCUCGCGGGCCGGGAGCCCCUGCCCGCAGAAGGGGAGCCAGUUGUGAUCUCAGAAGCACCUUCCCAGGCCAGAGGCCACACGCCAGAAGGGGCACCUCAGCCGAAUGGAACGUGUGAAUCUAAGGAGAUCAUCAUCCAGAAGCUUGUGGAGCUUCUCCAAGAAGUGGAUGGCCAACUGGGGCAGCAGAUCAGGCGCCACCCCAGCUUUAAGAGGUUUUUUUAUGAGUUCUCGGACUCCUCCCUCAGCAAGCUGGUAGCCACCCUGCGCAGCCAGGUGGCCCACUCCUCUAAGCUGGACAGGAACCGCGCCAGGAGACUCUACCAGUUUGAUGUUAGCUUAGCUAACAAAUUUGCUGGCAACAACAGUCACGCCAUGUGCAUCCUCAUGGGCCUAAGAGACCACUACAAUUGCACCCGGUUCCCAUAUAGGAAGGACCAGCCGGUGAGAGAGGGCGGGGAAGACAAUGGCGAUGUGGCAUAAGUGACAGCAGGCUCACAGCUGGCCUCCAGUGGGAUCUACUUAUUCUCCUCUCCCCUCCCCUGCUCAGUUCAGAAUUUUGGGGUCUAUGCCACCUCCUCACUGAGGCCUUCUGAGACAAUUCUAAACCAUGACGACCUUUUUCUUUUCUGAAACCUCACUGAUUUUACUCCAUAAUUAGCAUCUUCUUGAUUUGGUUCUAGUCUUCAAUUACAUGUACAU